UUUUUAUUGAGAUUCGACUGCUUGCUUGAUUACAAAAAAUAUUUGGAUUAGUAGCAUAACUAAAAAAAAUGAGUGAUGAGAUUGGAAGGUCGGUCCAAACAGCAGUGUGCAAACGGCGAUCUUGAAGAUCGAAGAUAGAACCAAAUUGUUAACAUAUUCGGAUAAAGAUCAUCAUUCAAUUCAUAUUCAUUAUUCACAUUCCAAGUUGCAACCACCAUCACUUGCCUGAGAAAUUCACGACUAUGAGUGUGCAGCAAAAUUCAGAUGUGAAUGUGCGAAUUGUGAGAAUCGCCUCCCAUCUCAACCCUCCCAAUCCCAAGGUGGAGGGUGAUGGUGAUGGGUGCUUGACGCGUGCACAUUGCAGAUCCAAAGGUGCUGCUCCGGGGUUCAAAGUGGCCAUUUUGGGGGCUGCAGGUGGCAUAGGACAGCCUCUCUCCAUGUUGAUGAAGAUGAAUCCUCUCAUCUCCGUUCUCCACCUAUACGACGUCGUCAACACCCCCGGCGUCACUGCUGAUGUCAGCCACAUGGACACUGGCGCUGUUGUACGGGGAUUUUUGGGGGCAAGCCAACUUGAGGAUGCCCUUACUGGGAUGGAUUUGGUGAUCAUUCCUGCUGGCGUUGCCCGCAAACCUGGUAUGACAAGAGAUGAUCUCUUCAACAUAAAUGCUGGAAUUGUUAAAUCACUCUCCGAAGCAGUUGCAAGGUUCUGUCCCAAAGCUGUUGUCAACAUCAUAAGUAAUCCUGUUAACUCCACGGUUCCAAUUGCUGCUGAAGUUUUCAAAAAAGCUGGUACUUAUGAUCCUAAGAAACUUUUGGGAGUGACAAAGCUUGAUGUUGUUAGAGCCAAUACAUUUGUGGCAGAAGUUCUAGGUGUUGAUCCAAGGGAUCUGGAUGUCCCUGUCGUUGGGGGACAUGCAGGAAUUACUAUUUUACCUCUUCUUUCUCAGGUUAAACCUCCAAGCACUUUCACCCCAAAAGAGGUUGAGUACCUGACAGAUCGCAUACAAAAUGGUGGAACUGAAGUUGUUGAGGCCAAAGCUGGAGCUGGCUCUGCAACUCUAUCAAUGGCAUUUGCUGCUGCUAAAUUUGCAGAAUCAUGCCUCCGUGCACUGAGAGGGGAUGCCGGGAUCAUUGAAUGUGCAUAUAUUGAUUCACAGGUGACUGAAAUCCCAUACUUUGCCUCAAAAGUGCGACUUUCCCGUGGUGGGGUUGAGGAAGUUCUUCCUCUUGGUCCCCUAAAUGAUUAUGAGAGGGAGAGUUUGGAAAAGGCCAAGAAAGAGUUAGCAAGUAGCAUCGAGAAAGGUGUUGCUUUCGUCAGAAAAUGAGAGCAAGCCCAUGAUACCAAUUUUACAUAGAAAUCCAAGUCAUCUUAGAUCCUGAAAAUAAGUUGCAGUAUUGUGCUAUGUCCAAGUUGAGAUAUCAAUUUUUUAAUUGGAAAUAUGUAAUUUAUAUAUUGGUAUCUUUCUGGAAUUAUGUAAUAAAAAUGGAUCAUUUUCAAUACAUCAUCAUACAGCAAACGUGUAAUGAUGGGGAAUUAGGGACACUGUAUUGAGAACUAUUGUU